UGCGGCAAGCCUUAUCAAGAGAGUAGUGGCGUUGCGCGAAAGUGGCAUGUGAGAUAGUUUGCUAUUGACUGAUGUGAGAAUAUGUUGAUGUGUCAGGCACACUGUUUCGGAUGCGCCUAUACUCCCAUUAGGGCAGCAACGUCCUUCAGAGAAGCGAAGUUGUCCGUGCUGGUAGCCUCUUCCGACUGCGCCUUGUUCAGGUUCGCCUGUAAUAUACCGUUUCUCACUGCACAGCCGUCCUGUUGGUAGGAAGGUUGUUUUGAAUGAGAUAGGAUCUAGGCUCCAGGGCUCGGGGCGUGCCUUUCUGACCACGAUGAGCGAUCCCAGAUCCGCAGGCUUUGUCGGCGAUUUCCAAAGCCUUAAGAGUCUUCGUGAAUAUGAACCGAACU